AAGCUCAAUAAUCGACACACUCUACAUUGAAGAUGGAUUUCCGGUUUGUCAAUGUGAAAACACCAAAAGAUGCCCUUCAGCUCGCCAAAGAGCCUGAGAUCAGAUCUCAUGUAACGCGUCAUCAAUGGAAGCAAUUUGGGCGUCGGGAUAAGCGACAACAUGGGAGAAAAAGGAUCUUGCCAAGUAUCACACACGACAUGAAUGGCGCAAAGCAUUCUGCCGACUUGUUCACCCCGGAAUCGAUCUCGAUUGCUCCUCAAAUAGGCGGGCUGAGAGUGGACCCUUUUCGGUCGUAUCCUGUCUCAAUCCGAUCUUGGACUCCACUACUAGUCGAUCACUACUUGAUACACAUGGCGGUUGACAUUCCCGAACUUGAUCUACCAGGGAACCACGGUCUCUUGAGGACCUCUUGGUUCCCAUUAGUUAUGUCCGAACCCGCUUUAUUCUCUGUCAUUAUUCUCCUUGCUGCGUCGCAUUAUGCCUCACUACAAGGUGGCCCCAGCAGUAUAAAGCUCGACCUCCUCAAUCUUCGCUGUGAAGCCUUAUUAUCCAUAAAACGCAGCCUUGAUGCUCAACACAUUGUACAUGAUGCUUUAAUAGGGGCCAUAGCGAAGAUGGCCAGCUAUGAAGCCAUGUUUGGCAGUCUAGAGAAUUACGAUAUCCAUAUGCAGGGUCUCGCACGAGCCGUUAGCUUACGGGGAGGUCUGCCAUCAUUGGGGUUGAAUGGCUUGCUUCACCGCAUGGUGCUCUGGAUUGACCGCAAUGCCGCGUUUUUGCAUGGAUUACCGAUGUAUUUUUUUGCCGAUACGGAUCUGCCGGGGGAUCCGAAUCCUGGCCAUUUUCUUGGGAGUUCAUGAUGAACUGUCUAUAUGCCGUAUAAUAUCAGAUAUCGUGCAGUAU